AUGGCUGGGGGUUACGACCGCGCAAUCACCGUCUUCUCGCCAGAUGGCCACCUCUUCCAGGUCGAGUACGCCCUCGAGGCGGUGCGGAAGGGCACCACCACGGUGGGGGUGAAGGGCAAGGAUUGCCGGGGGCUUCGACACAAACCGAGCCUCACCUCGCCCAACGCGCCCGAACCGCCCAACGCUGCCAUGAAGCUGGAACUCCGUGACGCGAGCUUCGCGGCGGGGGGGCUGCUGCUUGGGGCCUGGCUGUCCUGGGCGCUGCGCCCUGCGGCGGACAAGGCGGAGAAGGCAGCGGAGAAGGUGCCCGACGAGGCGGAGUUUCCCUCGGAGGUGGCGGCCCUGGAGGCCCGGAAGGCGGAGCUGCAGCGUCAGCUGGGCGCCGAUCUGCGGGGCGCCGCCGUGAUGGCCAUGGUCUACCUGGGGGAUCAGCUGGGCCUCUACCGCACCAUGGCCAGCGACACCUGGACAGCCUCCAAAUUGGCAAAGGCUGCUGGUGGCCUGCAGCCGCGGCUUGUGCAGGAGUGGCUGGCGCAGCAGGCGGCCUCCGGGAUCUUGGAUUUUGACGCGGCCAGGCAGAGCUUCGCGCUGCCCGCCCCUUGCCGCGCGCUGCUGGCGGAGCAGCUGAGCGGCAGCUUCUUCGCGCCCUACGCCACCAUGAUGCUCGCCUGUUGGAAGCGCCUGCCUGCGAUGCUCCAGGCCUUCCGCGGCGGGUGCCUUGCCCCCAGCUACGACGAGGCCGGGGAGGACCUGGCGGACGCCAUGGCGAGGCUCCACGUGCCGGAGGUGAAGUUCUUCUUCAUCCCCAGGGCACUGCCGGUGAUCCAGGAGGGAUCUCUGCUGCAGCGCCUGCACAACGAGGCGCUGCUCUGCGCGGACAUCGGCUGCAGCGGCGCGGACUGCACGCUGGAGCUGGCAAGGGCCUUCCCGAGGAGCCGCUUCCACGCCUACGAGGUGGCGGAUCCAGCCUUGGCGCGGGCGCGGGACAAUGUGAAGCACACAGGCUUAAAGAACCUAUUCGUGGAAGACGCAAAGGUCCAGCCCGUCGGCCAGGGCGCACCUGGCGGGAAUAAGUUCGAUUUCGUGAUGUGCUACGACGUGCUCCACGACUUGGCGGAUCCCGAGCAGCUGAUCCGGGAGGUGCGGAGCGUGCUGGCCGAUGAGGGCGUGUGGGUGAUCGUGGACAUCGCCUCCCAUGGAGACAUGGCGGCCAACAUCCAGCAGCAUCAGAAGGCGCCCACCUACUACGGCAUCUCGGUAUGCGUGUGUCUGGCCUCGGGCUUGUCCACCGCCAACGGCGCGGGCCUGGGCACGCUGGGCUUCCCCCCGGAGGUGGCGGAGCCCAUGUUCCGGCAGAACGGGUUCUCACGGGUCAGGAGCUUUAAGAUGCCGGGCCUGGAGAAGAACCAAUGCUACGAGCUGCAGAUCUGACCCACUCGCGCGGGGAAAAAGAAAGGCCCGCCGAAGCCGAGCGGUGUCCGGUGCAGGGCAGAUGAACAGAUGCCGACUGAGGCCGGCGC